AAGGAAAUACACCAUAUUAGCAUAUAUCGAAGAGAGAAAAAUAAAAUCAAUUUUUAUAUUAUGUCUUUACCGGUAAAACAAACCGCAGCUACUCUCUACUAUGAAGAGGGUUGUGUUGUGUUGCAGCCACUAAUUUGUCUUGUUGUCUAUAAAUGAAUAGAGAGAGAGAGAGAGAGAGAGAUUUUCUGGUCUCUUUUAAACACAGAGCUGAGACUCAGUGAAAGUGUGUGUCAGUGUGUGUGUGUAUUCACUUGUUUAGUAGGGUUUAUCUCUCUCUACAUUAUAGAUAGCUCUGUUUUUUUUUUUUUUUUUUUUUUUUUUUUUCCACUUCAAAGUUCAAACUCAUUUUCAGAGCUUGCUUUCAGAGCUCUAGAGAGAGAAAGAUAAACUCUAGAGAGAGAAAGAAAUAAAAACCGUUAAUGGAUGCUUACGCCUUGCACCUGGCCAUGGCGGCACUCGUCGGAGCUUCCGCAGUUGCCAUCUCCGCCUACUACAUGCACCGCAAGACACUCUCCCAGCUCCUCGAGUUCGCCCGCGCCGUCGAUCGUGACGGCGGCGGCGACGACGAGGAGGACAUCGUCUUCUCCGGCGCUGCCGAUUCGCCGAACCAUUUCAAGAAGCGUUUUGGCCGACGAGCUAGGGGGAAGGGGAGAAGAUAUUACCGGCGAGGAUCCGCGUCGCUGCCGGAUGUCUCGGCGAUCGCCGGCGGUAUGGACGGUGAUGAGAAGCUGAACGGUCCGGUCCCCGUCGAAGGGAUUCCGGCCGGGUUGCCGCGGCUCCAUGAUGCAAAAUCUGUGCAUUCUGGUACCCCAAAGAGAAAUAUUUUAAGACCAAUAUCUCCCAAGUCUCCUGUUGCAAGUGCUGCCUUUGAAAAUGUUGAAGGGUCGGAUGAUGAUGAUAAUGCUGAAGCAGAUACUACAUAUCUACAUACGAAUGGAAAUGUUGGGCCAGAUGGUAAAAACCCAUAUGAGACACUACAGGACCAUGUUAAUGCUAAUGGAGAGCAGAUCCCAGUUGCUGCUUCAAGUAUAAUCCGUUCUCAUAGUGUUUCUGGUGACCUGCAUGGUGUGCAGCCUGACCCAAUUGCAGCUGAUAUUCUCAGGAAAGAGCCAGAGCAAGAAACUUUUGCUCGACUUAAAAUUACUCCUAUUGAGGCGCCAUCAUCUGAUGAAGUGGAAGCCUAUGUAGUUCUUCAAGAUUGCCUUGAAAUGAGAAAAAGAUAUGUGUUUAAAGAAGCAGUUGCUCCAUGGGAGAAAGAAGUUAUAUCUGACCCCAGCACUCCAAAGCCUAACCCGGAGCCAUUUUUUUACAUCUCAGAAGGAAAGUCUGAUCAUUACUUUGAAAUGCAAGAUGGGGUUGUUCAUGUAUAUCCAAACAAAACCUCAAAAGAAGAGCUUUUUCCUGUUGCAGAUGCAACUACCUUUUUCACUGACCUCCAUUAUAUACUUCGAAUCAUCGCAGCGGGGAAUAUAAGAACUUUAUGCCAUUAUCGGCUUAAUCUUCUAGAACAAAAAUUCAAUCUUCAUUUGAUGCUAAAUGCGGAUAUGGAAUUUCUUGCUCAGAAGAGUGCUCCACAUCGAGACUUCUACAAUGUCAGGAAAGUUGAUACACAUGUGCACCACUCAGCAUGCAUGAACCAGAAACAUCUUUUAAGGUUUAUAAAGUCAAAGCUAAGGAAAGAGCCUGAUGAGGUUGUAAUAUUUCGAGAUGGAACGUAUUUGACCUUGAAAGAAGUUUUUGAGAGCCUGGAUUUGAGUGGAUAUGACCUCAAUGUUGACCUUUUGGACGUUCAUGCAGACAAGAGUACAUUUCAUCGCUUUGACAAAUUCAAUCUUAAGUACAAUCCUUGCGGUCAAAGUAGGCUCAGGGAGAUAUUCCUGAAGCAGGAUAAUCUCAUCCAAGGUCGUUUCCUUGCUGAACUAACAAAGCAAGUGUUUUCUGAUCUUUCUGCCAGUAAAUAUCAGAUGGCCGAGUAUAGAAUAUCAAUAUAUGGUAGGAAGCAAAGUGAGUGGGAUCAACUAGCUAGUUGGAUAGUGAAUAAUGAGUUGUACAGUGAGAAUGUUGUUUGGCUGAUUCAGCUUCCAAGGUUGUACAAUGUGUACAAAGAUAUGGGAAUUGUGACCUCAUUCCAGAACAUCCUUGACAAUAUCUUUAUUCCACUUUUUGAGGUUACUGUGGACCCUGAUUCACAUCCUCAGCUACAUGUUUUCUUGAAACAGGUUGUUGGGUUGGAUUUGGUAGAUGAUGAAAGCAAACCUGAAAGACGGCCAACAAAACACAUGCCUACUCCGACUCAAUGGACUAACGUAUUCAAUCCGGCAUUUUCAUACUAUGUCUAUUACUGUUAUGCAAAUCUUUACACCUUGAACAAGCUUCGCGAAUCAAAGGGAAUGACAACAAUCAAAUUCCGUCCACAUUCUGGAGAGGCCGGUGAUAUCGACCACCUUGCUGCAACCUUUCUUACGGCUCAUAACAUUGCACAUGGAAUCAAUUUGAGAAAAUCUCCUGUGCUUCAAUAUUUGUAUUAUCUAGCUCAGAUUGGGCUGGCAAUGUCUCCUCUUAGCAAUAACUCCCUAUUCUUAGAUUACCAUCGGAACCCUUUGCCAAUGUUCUUCUUAAGGGGUUUGAAUGUUUCACUUUCUACUGAUGAUCCUCUCCAAAUCCACUUAACAAAGGAACCAUUGGUCGAAGAAUAUAGCAUUGCUGCUGCUGUAUGGAAGUUGAGCUCAUGUGAUUUAUGUGAGAUUGCCCGUAAUUCAGUUUAUCAGUCGGGUUUCUCACAUGCCUUAAAGUCACAUUGGAUUGGAAAGGAAUAUUACCAGAGAGGGCCAAAUGGAAAUGACAUUCACAAAACAAAUGUUCCUCACAUCCGGUUGGAAUUCCGAGACACGAUUUGGAGAGAGGAGAUGCGAGAGGUUUAUUUGGGCAGAGCCAUCAUUCCUGAAGAAGUAGACUAAUAAUAUGCCAGUGGCAUCCGUACUUUAAAAUCGGAGGCUGUGAAACAGGUUAUAUCUUCUUGGUUUCUUUUCUUCCUGUAUUGAGUGUCUGCUCGUGGUUUUAGGAUUGGCAUUUGGCUAUUUCUCACUUCCACAAUAAGUGAUUGAACCUGGUUGAAAGUGAACUCUACACACCCACCAAGCAUCAAGCAUGGCAUCUGAGAACACAAUUUAAUGGUUAUGCUUGGUACACAUAAUACUAAGGCUGAAGACAUUACAAGUUUGGUUCGAGGAUAAGGACCUAAUACAUAGUAUAUAUCCCCCGUGAUCGAUGAGCUUGAGCAUGAUCAAGGCUUAUGACUGCAAAGAUUUGGGGUAGAUGUAAAAUGAGUUGGGUUAGCAAUAAUUGCGUGGGCGCUUGGCGGAAAUGAUACCUGUUGCAGUAAAAACUAUACAAUAAUAUAAUCCAUACCCUUCAAAGAGAGAAAAACUGGCUCUCAAAUUUUGAUUCCCAUUAUCUAUAGGUGCUCUUUCACUGGAAGAUGGAGAGCCUCAGUUUUGGCAUGCAUGUUUGACAAUGUAAUGGCAUAGAUAGAUGGAGUGUGAGAGUUAAGAUGAUAUUGAACAAUGCAUUUAAUGUAACAAUGUGCUUGAUUUCAUAUUUAUCUUGUAAAAUCAUAUUUUAUGGAUCUUCUGUAAUAGAGCCUUAUUGGAUUUCAUGAUUGGAAACCAAUGACAGAGUUGAGGCAACUUGCAACAGAUUUUUUGAAGUUUCCUGCUACAAAUGGCGACAACUUUAGCCUAUGAUGCUAGAUCUGGCACCUACAUAUCCUAAUGUAAUUUUAUGCAGCUGGGAAUGGAUCUUUUUAUCUCACUUGACCUUGUGUGAAAUGAUGUCAGUUGUUCAUAGACGAAUCAAUUAUUAGACAGAAGGCAUUAGCAUAGAGAACCAGAAAAGAAUAUCUGUUGAUUUAUGAAUGGGAAAUAGUAAUUGUUGAUUUGUUUGUAAACAGCUAGAAUCAUUUUACAUGAAUUCAUGACAUGAAAUGACUCAUUCUUGUGUUGUUAAGUAUAUUAAAAUAAGAAAAGGAUUUAGCUGGCGUAGU